UUCCACACCAGUUGUUCUCAGCAGACAGGUCAGUGUGUGUAGAGAACACAUUUACCAGGUGGAGUCAGGCUUAUACUUCAUUGCCCUGGACCGCUACACCAACAAGGCAGAGGAACUCAAGUUUGGACUAAUUGGAAUGUCCACAGUUCAAGGUGUUCUACAUUGGACAGACAAAGAGAUGCCUUCUGCUUAGCAGAACACAAGUACGCCAUACGGGUAGUCAGUGAAGACUGCCCCAUGGCAAAGCACUACAAGUCCUUACCCCAUGCCAACCCUGCUUCCCUACAAGCUAUGUUCCGGCCUCAAUUAGAAAAGGUUGAUUGGAAAGAGCGGUUCAAAAGAGGACAUUAUCAUAUUUUUGUGCUCCCUGACGAAGGCCAUGCAGCCAAAACACCUGGUUUGGUCCGCCAUAGUAAUGAGCCUUGCUGUUGGAAAACCACGUCACAACAGUGUCCGACUUCCGGCUGUCGCAGAUGCACAUCCUCCGAUUUUACUCCUCCACUUUCAUCUGCAGUCGGUUGCUUCAGCCUUACCACUCAAACAAGCCCUGUGAAGAAGCAGAGAUACUUUUGAGGAGAUGGAAAACUCCACUCCUCUAUGUAUUAGUGCCCAUUGUGUACGUUGCUCAUGCGUCGGUAAUGGGCCGCGCAGUGCAUUUUGGGUGAAUUUGGGACAAGGAGAGCGCUCCUUUUAAGGAGUGAAUGGGAGUCAAUUGGUCGCUAGCUCAAAAACCCAACAUUAGCAUGUAUUUCAUGAAUAAGAAGUACAUUACAAAUAUUUUGAGACGUGAUAUAAUUAAUUUGUCUGUAAUAUCGUAUAGCUUUGUAAUCGUGACAUUAUGUACUUUAGAGGAAAAUAGGCAGGUUUGUCGACUCAGCCUAACAACUUCAACGCGAUUAGUCGACAGUCUGCUGGAUGGUGCCUUAUACGUUGAUAUCUCUGUAUUUAUUUAACAUCUUUGGUUAAAGAAUUCUGUGCAUCCCCGGCCUCAUUCACAUUGUAGCUAUCGGUUUCUAUUCGGAGGCAUUUUGGGAGUUGAAAAAUCACUUCCGGUAAGUAACUUGGAUGGUAAAGGUUAAAGGUAUUAAAGGUAGCCUUGCUCUGGUCUCAAAACAUUCACAUUGGUGGGAUAUAUCCGAGCAAAUUCUGCAUUGAUCCCGCCUGCUUCAAAGUGUUUAAAGAGGAGGAAUUCAAGAAAAGCGAUGAAACAGCAAGACGUUACUGCUCUCUCUUCCAAGUAUUAUCAAAUCUUUGGUAUGAUACAUAACUAGCUAUUUACACGGUUUUGAACGUCUGCUUGCUAGAUAACGUUAGCGAACCUCAGUUUAUGCGUUAGCUCGGUGCCACCAAAUAUAGGACAAAGUUGCAAAUCGAACCCAAAAGUUAGUACAGACAAAUAAUACGAACUAGUUUUCAUGCGACUUGUUAGCUAGGUGCUGUGGAAGAAUGGGUUUGAGUUAAUAAACGAGUUAUCAACCACGCUCAAUUGAGUUUUUCAUGUGAGCACUGGAGAUUGUUUCGGUAUUUUAAUGGGAGACGGGCUGCGUAACAGUGCAUCUAGCGGGCGACACUUGCGGAGGUGCCGGCGACCUGCUAGGCUUGGAUGGAGUCGCUUGCCGGGUACGUCUACAAAGCGGCGGCUGAGGGCCGAGUCCUGACGCUGGCCGCCUUGCUGCUCAACCACUCCAAGCCAGAGACACGAUAUCUACUGAGUUAUGUGACCCACCUCGCCGGCCAAAGGUCAACUCCUCUCAUCAUCGCAGCUCGAAACGGACAUGACAAAGUUGUGAGGCUGCUGCUGGAUCACUACAGGGUGGAUACUGAACAAACUGGCACAGUCAGAUUUGACGGGUAUGUCAUUGAUGGGGCCACUGCUCUGUGGUGUGCGGCUGGCGCAGGACACUUUGAGGUAGUCCGCCAGUUGGUGUGCCACCAGGCCAAAGUCAACCACACCACUGUCACCAACUCCACCCCCCUGAGGGCAGCCUGCUUUGACGGGUGUCUGGACAUUGUGAAAUACCUGGUGGACCACCAGGCCAAAAUCGGCAUCGCCAACAAGUAUGACAACACCUGCCUGAUGAUUGCUGCCUACAAGGGCCAUACGGACGUAGUGGGCUUCCUGCUGGAGCAUGGAGCUGACCCUAACUCCAAGGCCCACUGUGGGGCAACCGCCCUGCACUUUGCUGCUGAGGAGGGCCACCUGGACAUCGUUAAGGAGCUGGUGCGCUGCCAGGCUGCCAUGGUGGUGAACGGCCACGGCAUGACACCGAUCAAGGUGGCGGCGGAGAGCUGCAAGGCGGAGGUGGUGGAGCUGCUGCUGUCUCAUGCCAACUGUGGCCCGCACAGCCGCAUCGAGGCCCUUGAGCUGCUGGGUGCCUCGUUCGCCAACGACCGGGAGAACUAUGACAUCCUCAAGACCUAUCACUACCUGUACCUGGCCAUGCUGGAGCGCCACCGCGAUCCCGUCAGCCUCAUCGCCAAGGUGCUGCUUCCGCCCAUCGAGGCCUACAGCGGCCGGGGCGAGUGCCGCACCCUGCAGGAGCUGGAGGCAAUCCGGGCAGACCGCAACGCGCUGCACAUGGAGGGCCUGAUGGUGCGUGAGCGUAUUCUGGGAUCGGAUAACAUUGACGUGUCACACCCCAUCAUCUACCGGGGAGCUGUGUACGCCGACAAUAUGGAGUUCGGCCAGUGCAUCAAGCUAUGGCUGCACGCGCUGCACCUGCGUCAGAAGGGCAACCGCAACACGCACAAGGACCUGCUGCGGUUCGCCCAGGUCUUCUCCCAGAUGGUGCACCUGAAGGAGCCGGUGGGGGCGGAGCCAGUGGAGCAGGUGUUACACUGCAGUGUGCUGGAGAUCCAGAGGAACAUCGCAAGGGUGGAGGCGGCGCCUGAGGCAGAGCUGCACACGGCCAUGGACAACUACGAGUCCAAUAUGUUCACCUUCCUCUACCUGGUCUGUAUCAGCACCAAGACUGUGUGCGGCGAGGAGGCACGUGCCCAUGUCAACGAGCAGAUAUACAACCUGAUCCAGCUGGACCCGCGUUCACGGGAGGGCUUGUCCCUGUUGCACCUGGCCAUCAGCUCCAGCACGCCUGUGGACGACUUCCACACCAACGACGUGUGCAGCUUCCCCAAUGCUCAGGUCACCAAGCUGCUGCUGGACUGCGGUGCGCAAGUGAACGCGGUGGACCACGAGGGCAACAGUCCUCUGCACAUCAUCGUCCAGUACAACCGGCCUAUCAGCGACUUCCUGACACUGCACGCCAUCAUCAUCAGCCUGGUGGAGGCUGGCGCCCACACUGACAUGACCAACAAGCAGAAGAAGACGCCACUGGACAAGAGCACCACAGGUGUGUCGGAGAUCCUGCUCAAGACCCAGAUGAAAAUGAGCCUCAAGUGCCUGGCGGCACGUGCCGUGCGCCAGCACCAAAUUACCUUCCGCAACCAGAUCCCUAAGACCCUGGAGGAGUUUGUGGAGUUCCACUGAUCCACCUGGCCAAGGAGGCUUUUUAAACCAUUAGAAAACUUGUGUUCUUGUGAUUUUUUUAUUUUAUUUUUUAUAUAUAUUUUUUAUUGUUCUAAUUUUCUAUCAAAUCAAAAUGGUGUUUGCUGCUGAUGAUUAGGAAUAGUAGGAUGCAUUUUGUUUUUUAAAACAAUGGUUCCUUUUUUCUGUUUUAAGUAUGAAUCACAAGUACCAGCAGCAUCUCCCAUAUCUCUCCCACUGAAGUGUUACGGUCUGUGGCUGUCAUUGUGACACAGUGGGUGUCACUAGCAGAAUGAGGAAAUUGUCAGCCUGCUUUGAGCUUUCACUUUCCCAAAGUGUUCCAAAGAGAAUACCUGGCAAAGCCAAGCAUCCACACAAUGGUGACAACAGCAGCACCUUUUGGCUGCUUUUAGUGCAUGGACCCAAUUGUCCCAGACUCCCAGCUAGGUUCGCAACCAUGAAAAGUAGCAUUACUCUAUUGAUUCAUUUUGCAGGUUGCCUGUUGGAAGUGGUGUUGUAUGUAGGUUUGCAGUGAUUAUUAAGGCCCGUUGUUUGAGCAAGUGAAUGUGUGUCUGUGAGAGAAGAGGUGAGAAGGUAGUAGUUGAAUUUAGAACUUUGUACUUAAGAGUUUGUUUUUUCAUAACCAAUAUAAAAAAAAAGGUUUAUUUAAGAGGUGUGUGAUUUUGUUUUGUACUUAAAAAUAGAUGUAUAAUGAGCUUUCUUUUACAUGAACACUGUCUGGUAAAGAUGUGCCUUAUUUUAUAUUUUGGAAUAAUUAGGCCUAGAUAUCCCUUGUAACCAAGUCACCAACACUUGGGUUGUUGGCCCUCCUGACUUGCUUGGCUUCUGUGUGUGGAGACUACACGGCUUUGGUUGAGCAUUGCCACAUAAUGACCAUUUUUAAAUGGAUGCUGCUAGUAUUGAUGUUUGAGCAUGUCUUCCAUUCUCUGUCUUGUGUUUGUGUGUGGGUACGCAUGCUAAGCGAAUGAGAGAGGGACUGUGGAUUGUUUGUGGCGGUGUUGAAUGUUGGCCUUUAGCCUAGGCUUUUCCACUCAUACUUGCAACCUGUCGUUUGUCCUUAACAACUAACGAUUCUAAUGUCUGUAAUUUUGUGUGUUCUAAUCAGAUGAUCAGAGAUUAAAGCUGAGAAUGAAAGGUGAUUUGAUUCAAGAUUUUCAUCCAAGUAAAUCAUUAACUGUGUGACCGUAUGUUUUUAUUUUGGGGGGCUUGAGUGGAGAUUGUAUGUAUUUUGUGUUUGAGGUGAGUAGUGGACUGAGAUGCAAAUUAGCCUAAAGACAGUUUAACUCAGUGUUUCUUCAUCAGUUUACGUUUGUCAGAAAUACCAAUACCAAAUGUUUUAACAUUGGUCCAAAAAAUGUCAUGUGUAAAUGUAACAUUUUCUGACAUCCAAGAGGGUAGUGUCAAAAUUGGUCCAAUGUCACAUGCAAUGACCCACAUCUCAUGCAUACAGAUGGCUUCUGGAUUGAGUCAGAGCAACAGUGGGCUUAAAUCUUAACUGAUAAUUCCACACAAACACACACAGCUAUCAUUUCAUAUGGAAUCUGGCCAAUUCACCCUGUUGCUAUACAGAUAUUGCUCAAUUGUUAGGAUUUUUCAAUUUCAUGUGAUAUGAUGGAAUGUGUGAUAACACUGGUAGAUCUUUUCUGAUAGAUAUUGUAGUCAAGGUGCUCUAUUUUGGAGUAUUUUAUUUUGAAAUGUAUUUUUUAUCUCCCUUUUUCUUCCCAAUUUCGUGAUAUCAAAUUAUGAUCUUGUCUCAUUGCUGCAACUCCCCAAUGGGCUUGGGAGAGGUGAAGGUCGAGUCAUGCCUCCUCUGAAACAUGACCCGCCUAACCGCACUUUUUAACACCUGCCAGCUUAACCCGUAAGCCAGCUGCACCAAUGUGUUGGAGGAAACAACACCAUCUUACUGACAAAUGAAUUCAUCCUGCAGGCACCUGGCCUGCCACAUGGAGUUGCUAGAGUGCGAUGAGCCAAGUAAAGCCCCUCUGGCCAAACCCUCCCCUAACCCGGACAACGCUGAGCCAAUUGUGCGCUGCCCUAUGGGACAAAACUGUCGUAACAUUCAAUUAUCAAUUAAUUUCUGUCAUAGCAUUCAAUUAUUGAUUAAUUUAAUUCUUGCACCAUGCAAUCAAUGAUCAGUUCUUAAGAUGUCUUUUCCUUAUCCAUACUGUCUGCACCAUGAUCUAUUUAGCCUGUGCACAUAUGACAGACAGUUGUUGUUGGUGGGAGCAGAUCCCUGGAGGAGCGUGUAUUGAUCCUGCUGUAGAAUUAAUUGCGGCCAGCAGUUCUAACAAAUGAGUCACUCAGAAAAACAAAUCAUGACUCGAAUCAGUAGAAAUGGUUGUUUCAGUGGAAGGGCUCAGCACAGCAAGACUGGUGUGCUUUUUGGCCAAUUCUCAUGUCUGUGGUGUGCUGGGGGUCCCUGAGAGAUGGGGCUGAAGCAGGUCCACACUCGCCAUGGUUACCGCUCUUCUGGCGUCUUCCCGAUAGCUACUUGCUCCUCCUCAUCCUCCUGCCUGUUGAAGAAGCCCAGCUGGGAAGGCAGAGAGAGGGGAAAGAGUGAAACCCAGGGGUUAAAGCAAAGAAAAUCACUCAAUCUCAGAUUGAUUGUCUGCGGGGCCAAGUUAACCUCCGCUUUCAUGUAAAAAAAAAAAAAAAAAAAAAAAAAGUUAUGACCAUCAUGUUGUUAGGGAAAGAGUACUGUAAUGAUCUUUUGUGCAUGUAUUAAACUGAAAGUUUGACCAAUUCCA